UAGUGCGUCGUCUGAUGCGCGCAGAGAGACGACGCUCACAGCCCUGGACAAACACACACCAGAUUUCGGAAUGCACACAAAAUGCUACCCGUACGAGCUGUGACAAGCCGCUGCAUGUGAAGAAAAUUAAGACACAGCAUACGACUACGCCGGAAGCCCUCUCGUCCAUACUGAAGCACUCAAGCAGGCAGUGCAAUUGCCGCAGAAACCAUCCCACCAGAGCUCCCGCCGAUGCGCUUCAGCUGUGCAUGAAUCCCUCAGUUUGGCUUGCAGGUCCAGGAGAAAACCGGGUUGUUUUAACAACUGUUUGUGAGUGCACCUUAUCCGCGUCUCCGUACACCCCUUGUCACCAACUUCAGGAUGGCGUUAACGAUCUGCACGAGAUUUACCGAUGAAUAUCAGCUGUUCGAGGAGCUGGGGAAGGGCGCAUUCUCUGUGGUCAGGAGGUGUGUGAAGAUCUCCUCUGGACAGGAAUUUGCUGCAAAAAUCAUCAACACUAAGAAGCUUUCUGCCAGAGAUCAUCAAAAGCUGGAACGAGAGGCGAGGAUUUGUCGUUUACUGAAGCACACCAACAUCGUACGACUUCAUGACAGCAUAUCAGAAGAGGGUUUCCACUAUCUGGUGUUUGAUCUGGUGACAGGAGGAGAGCUGUUUGAGGACAUUGUAGCCAGGGAGUACUACAGUGAGGCGGAUGCCAGCCACUGCAUACAGCAGAUCCUCGAGAGUGUCCAUCACUGCCAUGUUAAUGGGAUCGUCCACAGGGAUCUGAAGCCUGAGAACCUUCUAUUGGCCAGUAAGCUGAAGGGGGCGGCGGUCAAGUUGGCUGACUUUGGGCUGGCUAUCGAGGUGCAGGGGGACCAGCAGGCAUGGUUUGGUUUUGCCGGCACCCCGGGCUACUUGUCUCCGGAGGUUUUGAGGAAAGACCCAUAUGGGAAGCCAGUGGACAUGUGGGCCUGUGGUGUGAUUUUAUAUAUCCUGCUGGUGGGCUACCCUCCCUUCUGGGAUGAGGACCAACACCGCCUGUACCAACAAAUCAAGGCAGGGGCCUAUGAUUUCCCAUCCCCAGAGUGGGACACUGUAACUCCUGAGGCCAAAGAUCUGAUCAACAAGAUGCUAACAAUCAACCCCAGUAAACGCAUCACUGCCGCAGAGGCCCUAAAACAUCCCUGGAUCUGCCAACGGUCCACUGUAGCUUCCAUGAUGCACAGGCAGGAGACUGUGGAGUGCUUGAAGAAAUUCAACGCUAGGAGAAAACUCAAGGGAGCCAUAUUGACCACUUUGCUGGUCACAAGAAACUUCUCAGCAGCCAAGAGUUUGCUCAACAAGAAGGCAGAUGGUGUUAAGGUCAACAACAAAGCCAACACAAUGACCAGUCCUAAAGACACUGGCUCUGCCCCUGCGCUGGAACCACAGACAACUGUGAUCCACAACCCCGUGGAUGGAAAUAAGGAGUCCAUUGAGAGUGCCAACACCACCAUUGAGGAUGAUGAUGUAAAAGCCGUUCAUCUGGGCAGCUUAGUGAGUGGUAUCUUGAGCUCUAAGAGCCGUUCCUCACAGAUGUCUGACUCAAGACAAACUCCCACCUCCUCAGUUCAGACUUGCACCAAUAACAAUAAAGCUCGCAAACAGGAAAUUAUCAAAGUCACUGAGCAGUUGAUUGAGUCUAUCAACAAUGGAGACUUUGAGUCCUAUGCGAAGAUUUGUGAUCCUGGUCUUACUUCCUUUGAGCCUGAGGCCCUGGGCAACCUGGUGGAAGGACAUGACUUCCAUCGGUUUUACUUUGAGAAUGCACUGUCCAAAGGGAACAAGCCAGUGCACACCAUCCUCUUGAACCCACAUGUGCACCUAAUUGGGGAAAAUGCAGCAUGUAUUGCCUAUAUCCGACUGACCCAGUACAUGGAUACCAGUGGCAUGCCCCGCACCAUGCAGUCUGAGGAGACCCGUGUGUGGCACCGCCGCGACGGCAAGUGGCAGAACAUCCACUUCCACCGUUCGGGCUCGCCCAGCAUCCCCUCACAUUAAUGGAAAAUCAUCAUGUGGUAUAAAAAACAAAAAUCACCAAAUCUAAUAGGGCAGCCAACUAGCCAAACCAUGACUGCUCUCUGACCUUCGACUCUUCUCUGAGGACACGACAUCGCAGGAUACAAGUAUUAAUAUAUUUUACUGUUAUGGCAUUUUAUUAAUGGACAUCAUUCGAAACCACCACCGGGUGGCUGCACACCAUAUUUGGACAUUAUGAAAUGAGCAUAUUGACAUUUUUUUGUUUGUUUUUUAAGAUGUUUUGGUAUGCAUUUUAAAUAUAAAAUAGAGAUGUUUAAAAAUAUACUACUGUAACCUCUCCCAAACAUUAGUUCUGUAUUUUUAUGUGUAUUUAUGUGUGCGCAAUACAGAAACAUUUGGAGAAUUGGAAUGUUAAAAUUGAGCUUGCUUUAGUUUCUGGUGAUGUAUAUACAUUGUGAUUGUUGAUAAAAACAAACAUUGAAAUUGCUAUUCUUGCUAUCAAAGGAAUUAAUAGUUUAUGUAAAAUCCAGUUUAUGGGUUCCAUUUAUGUUUGCUAUGAGUCAUUACUGUUUGAAUUGUCAGAGUUCAACCUAUACUACUAAUUUAAAUUAAAUAAGAGAAUGUAGCAUAUAUGUAAUAUAUGAAAAUUCAAGACUAUUGUGUAGUGCAUGGGGGAAUAUUGUAAGUAAGAUCAUAUGAAACUAUAAUAUCUUCUGUUUGAUUUGUGAAUCACUAACUUGUUUGUUUGCGUUUGUUAAUGUUACGCAUCAGUCCUGUCCCAAAUGUUCUAUUGUCCUCCAGUAUCAUGGAACUAUUGUAAAAACAACUACACAGUUAUGGUUAACAUCCAGCGUAAAUAUCAAAACCUCAUAUCUAAAAGGAGGAAAAUUAAACUCCUGGUUGCUGAAGCACCCCUUACGUUUUGUAUGAAAAUGAAAAGUAAACAAACUCAUUUUUCAUAAUGUUUGUAUUUGUAUUGUAUGACUGUAUGUAGGGUUUCUGUCAUUUCCAGUGUGUUACUUAGCCAAUUGCACAGACAAGGUGGAGAUGAUGAAGAUGAUGCAAAGGCACUGUAGUCUUUAUAUUUAGUCAGGUUUAAGUGUUAACCUGACAGUUGGGCUAAUAUAUAUUUGGAAGCGUCGUAAAAGCAUUGGAUUGAAGAAUGUUGCAGUUAGGCAAGAUGAUGGUAAGACAGCAGUGAAGGAGUCAAAUAAGAGUUGGACUGUAAUACAUAUUGAGAUGUCUUCCAUGACGAGCAGUGCUUUUACCAGCAAGUGGCCUCCUUACCACUGCAGGACAAUGCCAGUGUCUUUGUCAUCCUUACUAUUUGCUCUUUUCAAUUGGUUGGUCUCUUCUUUUGUUAGGGGAAAAUAUGAACAUUUCUUUUGAUGAAACGUAUGAUGUCAAUGCAACACACCACUCCUUAAAAGGUGUGAACCUUUUGCCAGCACGGCAAUGGAUGGCUUAACGUGUUUAAGAAAUAAAUAAAUCAGCUAGAAGGUGUGAUAAU